GCCCCGCGAUUUCCACCGCGACCCUGUGCGAUGCCGGAAGUUGCCGUGGCAGAAGUUGUGCGUUUUGCGGUUGCGGGGAGUUCCUGCGGUGUGACGAGAAGCGGAAUUAAAAAUCCCGUGGCCCCGGCUCGCACCUGUUAGUGCGCUGCGUGGUGCGCGGCCGGGCGGACGCUUGGGAAAGCGCUUUGAGAUAGCGGUGUUCGACAGAAAUGACUCUUUAUAUACAUGAACCUAACCAUUUGGUAAUUGAGCAUCUAGGAAUUAACCGGAGUUAUUUCGAGCGUCAGUAAGCUCUAGAUGGAGCUAACUUAUUGUUCGCUGUAAUGCAAUUAUAAACCUCCUAUCUCUGAUGGCAUAACAGGUGGCAGAGCAAUUACCGCUGUUUGACUGCUUGUGUACGUUAUUAUACGCUUGUGUACGUUAUAUAUAAAUAUUGCCUCGGGCACUUGCGUAUAUAACCUGCUGCGUUCUUUGUGCUUCAGUCUGUUAACUUGGAAUAAGAUCUUAGGUUUAUUCAUUUUCGUGCUGUGAAUUCGCCUCGGCUGAAUAUUCCUGCUCUUGGGGGACCCGGCGCCGGGUGAUGUGGUGCGCUUCUGUUAAGCUGGGGUUGCCCGUGGCCGGGUCAUAAAGUAAGUUCAGAAACGGGUCUGAAGAACAAGUAAGGCGCAGAUGAAUACCAUCUGCGACGCUGGGGCGCUACAGCGUGCAAAAACACAUUCGUACGUCUGCAGGUUUGUUCCCGAAGCGCAAUGCUCAGACACACACACACACACACAAGGGAGACACAGUUCAGCUUUCUUUCGUGACUGGCAUGUGAAACGUCCGUGUCCUCGGCCCCGUUCCUCCUCGCACGGAGACGUCAGAGCUGCGCGGUGGUUCUGCGGGCGCGCCGGAUUGUGACGCCAGGUGGACCAUGGCUGUUGUGUUCUGAAGGGCGACUCCCACCCCCCCCGCCUCGUCCCCUCCACAGUCUCCACCAGUCUCCUUCUCUCUCUCCGUCUCCUCUCCCUCUUUCUCGAUGAGUUCCCGAAGUCAGGCCUUCUUCCACCACCACCACCACCACCACCACCGCAGCUCGGUGGUGCCCACCGCCGUGCCCAGGCUGGUGCCCGAGUCGGGGGUGCUGGGCGGCAUCGCCCAGAUCACGCCCUCCCUCUUCCUGAGCCGGGGCAACGUGGCCUCCAACCGCAGCCUGCUGCUGUCCAAGGGCAUCACCUGCGUGGUCAAUGCCACCAUCGAGCUGCCCAACUUCAACUGGCCCCACGUGGAGUACGUCAAGGUGCCCCUGGCGGACAUGCCCCACUCGCCCAUCUCCCUGUACUUCGACAGCGUGGCCGACAAGAUCCACAGCGUGGGCCGGAAGCGCGGGGCCGUGCUGGUGCACUGCGCGGCCGGCGUGAGCCGCUCGGCCUCCCUGUGCCUGGCCUACCUCAUGAAAUACCACCGCGUCUCGCUGGCCGAGGCCCACGCCUGGGUGAAGGCCCGCCGGCCGGUCAUCCGCCCCAACGCCGGCUUCUGGCGGCAGCUGAUCGAGUACGAGCGGAAGCUCUUCGGCAGGAACUCCGUCAAAAUGGUGCAGACGCCCUACGGGGUCAUCCCGGACGUCUACGAAAGGGACCGCAGGAACCUGGCCCCCUACUGGGGCAUCUAGAGGGAGGGUCGCCGCUGCAAGGAGAGGAAAGCCAAGGUGGGGGAGGGGUGGAGGGCAAGGGAGGGCUCGUCUUCAUCUCGUCGUCUUUCCACCCCCCCCAGUCCCCCGUCCCUGCACCCCCAGACCCGGUGGAGCUGGCGUUCGUCGGCUCCCGUCUCAGAUUGUGUCCUCGAGUGCCCGUCCGUUGAGGUCUAGUAGAUUAAUCCUGGAUCGUUGCCUGGGGAGGAAGCAGAACUGCCCUUGCAGAGCGCCAAGUUGUUCCUGCUGCUGUACUGUAACGUACCGUGAUUCUGUCCAUCUGUCUGUCUCCUAACGCGUGCUUGGAUUUGGAGCAAUGGAUUUCAAGACUUGUCAGUCCUGCCAUCCAGCAAUAUCCCAGUGGGUUGGCGACAAAGAUGUGCUUUGCUGAAAGCAGAGGCUGGAUUAUGAGGUCUUGAGUAGCACCUUCAUGCUGCACAUGGCUGAAGGAGUGUGUGUUCUCAGCAGGUCUUAAGACUUAAGACUUCCUGGACUUAAUGCGAGUCACAUUACAGUUGAAGCUGCAUCUGUAUUGACGUGACACAAGUCUACAUUGCAUUUUCAGCGUCAAAGCGAGAGAGAAUAGCUGUUGUGCUUUUAAAGAACGACCUGCUCAGCGGUUAAAAGCAAUCUACCAUCAAAUCCCUGGUAGCAUUUCACAAAACUAGUAAUGUACAGAAACUGGACACAUGGACACAUUAUCCUCUUGGAAGAGCUGUAAUUUUAAACUAAAACAAAAAGAACUAGACAUGUAACUGGUGUAAUCUUAUAGAUUCUGCUUUGUAAGUGUGUGUAACGUUAGUGUUUAAAAGAAACUAAUCUGCUGCUAUGGAUGGUGGCGAUUUUGUGCAGCUCGAGGCUAGGUGCUGUUGGUCAGAAGUAAAACUGUGGACGUGAUCUCCUCCCCCUUCCCCACAACUACAGAGAGACUGUCAUUUUGCUGUUUGCUCUUCGGAAGUCGUUCCCAGGACUGACUUUUUUUGAAGUUUUUGAAGUCCGACAAGAACAGGAGGAUGCAGAAACCUACCCUUGGCCCAAAACCACCAUCCACCAAGCUGCUCUAGAACUGGGGGUUCAGCAAGUUAUACAAGCAAAGGUGAGCUUGUGAAACUGACCUGCUAAAAAACACCCAGUGAAAUACUGAAGAAUAUACAGAUAAGGGGUGUAAGAUGUAACAGCAUUGAGAUUUUUUGUGGGCAGUUCCACUGAUCUAAGGGAUGGACUCCAAAAACGAGCACUGUGUGUCUGUUUCUUGCUCUUGUACCUUGAUGUUGAACACGAUUAAGCAGAAUAUGAUUUUCUGGAAAGUUAAUGGCCUGGCCUGGUUGGAGGUAUCCAUUUGACAGAGUUACACCAGGAUGAGUUGCACAAAAGCCGAGAUGGUGGGCAAGGUGUGGCCUGGAGGGCUUUUUUAGCGAUGGUUUUUAAUGUUUUGGAGAUGACCUGUGCUAUCCUGUGUCUAGUGCAAACGUGAUACAUCAGAUGUUUGCAUUUGAAGGAGAAACCUGAACACAUUGAAUAUUUCCCUGUAGCGGGACAGCCUUACUCUAAAUAGCAAGAGAAGACUGGUGCACAAACAGGGUGGAAAUGAAUACUGUACCGAGAGUGUGCGUGCGUAUGUCAGCUGUUGGUGUGAGGACUUCUUGAAUAAAACUAAACACUGAGAACCUGAAAAUUAUUUAUUGAUUUAUCUAACAACUCCUACCCCACCCCUUUAUUUUAAUGGGUCGUAGGAAUAAAAUAACAUUUGAUUUGCGAUGUAGAAAGUGUGUUGUGCUACAGCCUUCUGGGCAGGUGACUUUGGAGUCUCUGUGGCUAUAUAGACGUGAUGGCACAGCAGGUUAGGACGAAAGGCUGUUAAGCAGCCAUCUUCUGAUGCCACCCAGAGAUUGCAUGACCUCUGGUGCUCUGUAUGUAUGUGUAUUCUAACAAUAAUGGGUUAGAGGACCGCAGGUUAGGAAGGUUGUGUUAGACAGCUGUACUGCAUCGCAGUGGUCUUUGCUGCUCCUCGCCCCAGAGGCUGCACGAAGCAUCUCUGGCGAUUAUCGAGUGUGGAGGAUUUCUGCACCACCUGUGGGACAGCAAGAGGCAAGGGUCUGGACCUCCUCGUCGUGAUGGUGCACAAGAGGGGACGGGACAUCUGUGUUGGCACCAGUGAGGACACGGAGGUCUCCCGGGUCCCCGCUCUGCUCUUGCAGGUACUUUUGAGUUUUCCUACUUCAAGGAGCACUUGAGGAUAGGACCUGAUGUGUUUCCUGCUCCUGGUCGCAGAUAACCUAGUGUUGCUAAACUUCACCACUUCCUCGGCGCACAGCAGCAAUAGGGGAGCAUAAUAAAGUCCAAAUUGCUAGUAAGAGUUCCUUUAUAAUGCAGUACCUGUCAACUCUGGCUGUUUUGCAGCAGUUAGGGAGAGAGCAGCCAGCACUUCCCAGUAGCAGAGCUCCAAUUCUGAUGGCCCUGUUAUUACAACUUCUUUAAGGGUCACAGAGCGCAAGAACGAUGGCGGGGGGGGGCGGUGAUUAACUCUCUUGGGCUGCAAGAGGUGAGGCUGAAAAAGAUUUUAAAUUCUAAGACAUGUAUAGAUGUACGCUUGAGUUGCUUGAUGUAGAAUUUGC